AUAGUCCAGCCGAUAACGCUAUAUCAUUGUUACUGAAAACACAUGUCAUAUAUUUGUAACAUUUUCUAAUUGAAAAAUGGCAAAAAAAUUGGUUGCAAAAAUUGGACCUUCAAUUCUUAACGCUGAUUUGGCACAACUUUCAGAAGAAUCGCAAAGAUUAAUUAAUAAUGGUGCUGAUUAUUUACAUUUAGAUGUUAUGGAUGGUCAUUUUGUACCUAACCUUACUUUUGGCCAUCCAUUAGUAAAAUGUCUUCGAAAUAAAGUAAAAGAUGCUUUUCUUGAAACGCACAUGAUGGUCUCUAACCCUAAUCAGUGGAUACAACCAAUGGCUGAUGCUGGUGUCAACCAAUAUACAUUUCAUGUCGAACCAGUGAAGGAUGUUUCAUCAAUUUGCAGAAAAGUAAAAGAAGCAGGAAUGAAAGUUGGAGUAGCACUUAAACCAGGGACUCCAGUGGAUGUAGUCGUAGAAUAUGUUGAUCUAGCAGAUAUGGUAUUAAUUAUGACUGUAGAACCAGGUUUUGGUGGUCAAAAAUUCAUUGAACCAAUGAUGGAAAAAGUAUCAUGGCUUAGAAAAAAUUAUCCUACAUUAGACAUAGAAGUUGAUGGAGGUGUUGGACCAGGAACUAUUGAUGCAUGUGCAAAUUUCGAAGAUGAAGAGACAGAAAUUCCGAUUGGCGGAACUUUACCCGGCGGUAGAAAACGAUUAUUUUCGAAAGAAUUGCGCUGUAUGAUGUAUGGUUUUGGCGAUGAUCAAAAUCCUUAUACAGAGAGUGUAGAUUUGUUAGAAGAUUUAGUUAUUGAAUUUAUUACGGAAAUGACACAUAGAGCUAUGGAAAUUGGUCGUACUGGACGUGUACAAGUAGAGGAUGUUGUAUUUUUAGUUAGAAAAGAUCCCAGGAAAUAUGCAAGAGUUAAAGAUCUCCUCACAAUGAAUGAAGAAUUAAAGAAAGCUAGAAAAGCAUUCGAUGAAGUUAAAUAUGCAGGUACUGUUAGUCAUUAUUAAAAUUUGGAGCAUCAUUAAUUAUUACAAUGAAAGACGGAAGCAGAUUGUUGUCAAUCCUCCUGAAAGUUUCUGAAAAAGCAGCAAAUAUUGCAAGAGCUUGUAGGCAUAAUGAUGCUUUAUUUAAAUUGCUUGUACAAGAAAAAUCAGAGGCAGAAAAGAAUCCACGUUUUUUCCAAGAUUUUAAAACUUUGGCCGAUGUUCUUAUCCAAGAAACGAUUAAACAUGACAUAGGACUAGAGUUUCCAGAACUGGCUAAGGUAGUACAAGGAGAAGAAACUAAUACAUUCAGUAACGCCAUGGGUGAAUCUAUAGUGGUUAAAGUAUGUCCAACUAUUGGAGAAACUACUCAAUUAUUAGCCAAAGUGAUGGGUAGUGAUAUUGCAACUGCUGAAUUAUUAGCUACUGAAGUUCACAAGGACGUCCAAUUUUUAGAUAUUCCAAUGGUAGCAGAACUACCUUUGGGUUUUGAUAUUGACAUUUAUGAUCUUGGUAUAUGGAUAGAUCCAAUUGAUUCAACUGCUGAUUAUAUAAAUGGAGGUGAAAAGGUGGAUGAAGCCACUGGUGUACAUAUGAGUGGUUUACGAUGUGUCACUGUUUUGAUUGGAGUGUAUUUGAAAAGCACAGGCAUACCAAUUGUGGGAGUAAUCAAUCAACCUUUUUAUACUAAUGUGGAUUUGCGAUGGAAAGGCAACUGCUAUUGGGGAUUUGUGGAAAACAAUGUUGGAACAUGUUCCAUAGUGAAAGAAUUCACUGACAAAAAGAUAAUCAUUCUGAGUAGAGUUGAAGAUGAAAGUGUAAAAUCUAAACUUUUAGAUGCUGGUUUUACUCUAGUAGAAGCAGCUGGAGCUGGUUAUAAAAUAUUAAGUGUCGCUCUUGGACAGGUUGAUGCUUAUAUUUUGUCCAAAGGAUCCACAUAUAAAUGGGAUACAUGUGGUCCACAAGCUUUUUUACGUUCUUUAAAUGGAGGUAUUAUUGAAUUCCAAGAUUUUGUAAAUAAUUCUGAUUUACAUUACAUAGAUGUAAAAUAUUUAUCCACGUCCACCAAUUUUUCGAAUAGCAAUGGUUUGAUAGCAUAUCGAAAUUUUGAAACUUUGCAAAUAUUAAAGUCGAUUUUAUGUAAAUAAUGGUAUUAUGCCACAUAUUUAUUCUAUUAACUAGAUGUUAAUGGUGUUUGGAAUUCAUGCUGCAUUCGUUAUUAAAAUGCAAUUUUAUUUAUUUAUUGUUAAUUUUAAUGUUUUAAAUUUUUAAACUAUUCGAUAAUAUUUCAGAAGUAUUAAAUGUUUAUCACGUAAUUGUAAAAUUGAAAGCUUUGAAACCAUUUAGAUACCAAAUUUUUAUUAUAUUUAAUAUAUAUUGUAUUAUUGAUUUAAUAAUUCUAAAAACAGGUCAUUCUUCUGUGAUAUUUAUGUAAGCUAACUCCCAUAGUUGUGCUUUCACUUUUAUCAAAAUAAAAAUUUUAACGUCAUAAAUUAAAUAAAAAUAAUUUCAACUGAAAAUUUUAGAAAUUGGAAUUUACAUUCAGUACAUAAAAAUUAAAUAUAGCUAUUAAUGAUACUUAAACUGAAAUAGUUAAACAGCGGAUUACUUCAUCUGAAUUUUUAAAUAUUUGUUGUUUGCAAUCUUUAAAUGUGAUUAACAUUAUAAAUGAAAA